AUGGUAUCCGAGUUGAUAAAUGCAAAUCCAGUCAUCUAUGGAAAGAAAGAGCGGCGGGUUCGUAGUGUUCCAAGUGCUGCAGAUGAAAAUGCUGUUGAACCAAUUGACCAAGAAGAGAUUUUUGAUAUCCUUUCUGAUGUAUUCUUAAAUCAUAUUAGAGAUAUUAAAGACCCAGAGCACCCUUACUCUUUGGAAGAGCUCAAAGUAAUUUCAGAAGAUGCAAUUGAAGUAGAUGAUGUUCGUGGUCAUGUUAGGGUCACAUUUACUCCUACUGUUGAACAUUGCAGUAUGGCAACAGUUAUUGGUCUUUGCCUACGUGUUAAACUCUUAAGGAGCCUUCCUUCUCGAUUCAAGGUCGACAUUAGGGUGGCACCUGGAUCUCAUGCAACUGAAGCUUCAGUUAAUAAGCAACUGAAUGAUAAAGAGCGGGUAGCAGCAGCAUUGGAAAACCCAAAUGUUGUGGAAAUGGUUGACGAAUGCCUCACUCCUUCAUAUGAGUGAAUGAGUUGAUCAUAAGGGGUAAGCCUCGCUGCUCGGAAACACCAGUGUUUUCAUUAGUUCUGCCACAUUCUGAAACAUCAGACGGGGUACAGUUCUCCAUUUGGUUAGUAAACUCCGGGGGAAUUUGUGCGGACUCAUCUGUCAUCUAGCCCUCAGUAUACAAUUUUUCUACCGUGUUACUAUCACUAAAUCUUUUUUUGCCAGUUCUGGCUGUUCUGUCUGAGUGGCGAGCUUCAUAGAUAGGACUAUAAAUGAUUCAAAAACAAUGCGCGUUCUUUAGAAUGUGAGCAUUAUAGUUGGUCUGUCCAAUGAAAUUUUGCGUGCUUCUACUUGUACCCUGACAUAGCACUGGUGAGGGUGCCUAACCCUGGGUGAUUAUUUUAUUUUUUAUUUCUUCUUUUAUCUAGUAUUGCAGAUAUAUAUUGAUCAGGUCAAUUCUGCAAUUAUCAUUUUCAACACAAAUGCUCUGCCCAUUCAAAAAACUACCGGAAAGCUAGUUUCCAAAUGUUUUUUCCACUGACUACGGAAUUUCGAAAAGCUGUAAACUCAGACGCAAUCAUCACCUUUCCUAAGCAAAGUAAGAAACCAUAUUAUCCUCGCUCUCAUUUUUG